AUGAAUUUCGACUAUUCCAUGACAGCCGCUGGUGUUCGCGAUCGUGGCAACAUGCCGUGGUCGGCCAGCGGCAUCUCGCAAGCUUUGGGUUUGCGUGGGGCCGCCGUGUUCCUGGACACCGGUUGCUCCUCCUCCCUCGUGGCCGCAGACCUGGCGGCCUCGGCUGUGGGACGUCGCCGGGCGGCGCUGGCGCUGGCGCUGGGCGUGAACUACAUGCUAAGCCCGCUGAUGUUUUUUGCCCGCUGCUCGAUCAGCCUGCUUUCCCGCACCGGCCGCUCGGCCCCUUUCGGCACCUCGGCGGAUGGCUACCUCGUCGGCGAAGGUUGCGGGGCGGUGGUUCUGGCUCGGGGUCAGUUUGGCUUCGCACGAUGGCGAGCGAGUCAGGUCAUGGAGGACGGACGCCCUGCCCUCAGCAGCCGACUUUCGGGCCCUUCUCCCAUCGGCCGCGGAGGUCGCGGAGGCCUCGGCUCUUCCUUCCAAGAGGCCGAGAUGCGUGAAGAGGAGCCAGCGGAGGAGGAGCAGGAGGCGGAGCUGUCCGCCGCGGAGUAUCUGAGGAUGCUGGUAGCAGCGGGUGUGGCUGAAACCGAGCUGGUGAACCUCGAGACGCCUGCAUCCGUGCCUUCGGGCACCGAGACCCCGGACUUGGAGGCGUUGAACCGUGGCGACGAGACGCCGCUGCUGGGACUCUCCUGGCCCAGCGACCUGAGACGAUUCCGGAGCCCACUGUUUCCCCUACAGGCGCGGCGAGAGGCGCGGCGCGAGGCGCGAGUUCUGAGAGCAGAGACGCCGCUCUCCGUGGUGUCGGAGUCGCCCAUCGCCUCACCGACCCCGGCCCUGGCCCUGCCGCCGCCGCUCGCUCCACUCCGCGCGUCCAUGCCGGCGCCGGCGCUGCCGCCCAGCCGGCGCCGGCUGCCCAGGGUCUUGCAGGGCUCGGAGCUUUCGCUCUCCUUGGGCUCGCCUGUGCCGGUUCCGAGCCCGAGCCUCCUCAGCGUGCCUUCCGAGACCGAUGUGCUCUCACCCACGGCACAGCCAUCGAGGCUUCUGGUCGGCGAGGGCACACCCUUGGAGAUGACGCUGGAUCUCAACCGGCUCAUUCCCUGGACGCCGGCGGAUGCCAAGCAGCCCUCCACGCCGGGGCCCUCUGAGAUGGGCUCUCAGGGCUCCUCCGACGAGGAGGAUACCGUGGAGCAAACCAGCGGCGAUGUGAUCCCUACCUUCCAGCAGUGGCGGAGCGCCCGACUGGCGCCCCAAAUUCGGAAGAAGCGCAGAACGCCGGUGAUCCUCCUAAGCUGA